CCCAUCGCUCUCACAGUCCAAGAGUGGCAGUCCGUCCGCAGUCUGCCUCAGCACCUCUAACGCCCGCUAUGCCCUUGGAUACUGCAACCCUGCUCACUUCCACACCGAUUAUCCGUGAAUCUUAACGGGGUACCCUGGAUCUUUACUACUGGAGUGUUGCGUUCACUGUCCUGAGUCCUCUGCGCUGCGAAUGGAGAAGGUCCAAGGAUAACAGAGGGGUGCAGGACUGUGCUACUGCAGAAGACCUGCCGGUAGUUCGCUGCCCGGGGGGCUGCCAUUUCUGUCAGGGGCUGUGGUGUCGCAUCCACCGUUUUAAUUAUCUAAAAUCGCCUUGCAUGGAUGCAGCAUGGCUACGUUUAUAUGCAGGGUGCAGUUCUUAGAUGAUACUGAUCCAUUUAACAGCACCAAUUUCCCCGAGCCCACCAGGCCACCACUUUUCACUUUCAGGGAAGAUAUUCCUCUGAUAAAUCAGAUUGCUGGAAUCCACAGACUGCUAAAAGCCCCACACAAGCCUGACGACUGUGCCCUUCAGCUGUCCCAUAAUGGAAGCUACCUGGACUUGGAGUCUACGCUGGCAGAGCAGAAAGAUGAACUGGAGGGAUUUCAGGAGGAAGGAGGGAGGGGGAAGAAACACAGCGUUAUUCUUCGAACACAUCUGUCCAUCAGAGUUCACGCCUGCAUAGAUGAGCUCAACCUUGUCUGGACCGGACACCAGCAGGUGCCCAACUCUGUCAGGUGUCCACGUGCCAGUGCACCGGACAUCGGUAUCUGGGAGAAGACAUGA